AUGCGCGGCGUGAAUCUUCCAGGGAAUGAUGAAGCCGAAGCCUCAUCCUCGGGAGCAGGCUCAAACCACCGGGAGGAGAUAUUGAAGUUAGCCUCUCUCCUGAUAGAGGAGAAAUACUUUUGGCGAGAGUCUUACCGUAGUAUGAUACUCGGCGAGAUUGAGCAUCGAUCGCAUUAUGGCAAGAUUCCUGAGUACUUUGAUCCUGCGUACACAAGUCUCGAUAUCUACAGCAGCCAUCAGCCCGUUGAGCCUGAGGAGUGUAGCGACCCUGUGGCCCUGUUUGAGGCAUGCCACCGUGAUCAUGCAGAGACUGCCUUGAAGUUCCAGUACUCACAGAAACCUAACACGGCCCGCGACCACGAUAGCCGGGAGCACUUUGACUCACUAUUCGUUGCUGGGACCAACCGCGCGUUCUGUGACAGUUUCUGGUCCUCAAGAUUCACCCAUAGCUUCACAUCGCUGCGGUCCAUUGAGAUCAUUCUGCCUCUGGAUGAUGGUACGAGGCGAUACAAGCUUUCCAUUAACAACAAGGCUGCCUACACAACAUUAGCACGACUGAUGCCUACUCACAAGAUCCCCUCCCACGGGCUGCGGCUUUUACAACGAACCAUGGCUCUUCUUUCUACUGCGCCAGGCAACAGCGCAUUCAAGGGUAGGACGCCGGUCCCAGAGACUGAUCAUGCCUGCGAGACAUGCAACCACAAUCAGGCCGAGUUCCUAUCCAGGAAGCAUGUGGGGAUGGCAGGCGCAACUGCUACAGAGAACAUGCUACAUCGAGAAGAAAGUGGUCUGAUUCUCGACGGCGACACAGCGAGGGCAUUGGAAGGCGGCCAAGGAGGGCACCAUCGAAGCCCGGAGGGAGACAGCUCAUUUGGGGUUGCAUUCUGA